CCUCUCUGCACCCUGCGCGCAUCCAGCAGGUGCAGGAACACGUUCUGCUUGGUCGAGUGCACGAACUGAACGGGCUGCCAGUAAGACCUUUUUCGCAGUUCUGAUUUGCAAGCGACUGGUGAAGCCAGCGCAAACCGGACUUGCCACUGACCGCACCGCAACUGCUGGAGACGCUCAUCUGCAACAGCGCAGCAGAUAUCUUCCUACAGCGGCAGCAGCAAUCGCCAUCAUGGCGGGCCCGCCACCUGGAUUCAAUGGCCCUCCGCCGAGUGCACCAGCCGCGAUGCGUGGCCUACUUCCAGGCAUGUCCAAUGGCGCGGAGCCAGCGUGCAUGGAUGCUGCCACAUUGGAAGCAAAGGCUCGAAAAUGGAAGCAGCACCAGGCACGACGCUUUGGUGAUCGCAAGGGGAAAACAGCCAUAGUGGACACGGGAAAGCAGGAGAUGCCGCCGGAGCACCUCAGGAAAAUCAUGAAGGACCACGGAGACAUGUCGAACCGCAAGUACAGGGCAGAGAAGCGAGUGCAUCUUGGUGCUCUUAAGUACGUGCCUCACGCGAUGAUGAAGCUUCUGGAGAACAUUCCAAUGCCUUGGGAACAAGUGCGAGAGGUUCCAGUGCUGUAUCACGUCAGUGGUGCUUUGACCAUGGUCAACGAGAUCCCAAAGGUGAUCGAGCCGAUCUACCAUGCUCAAUGGGCCACCAUGUGGCUUGCGAUGAGGAGGGAGAAGCGUGAUCGUCGCCACUUUAAGCGGAUGCGCUUCCCGCCCUUUGACGACGAAGAGCCGCCGAUGGACUACGGGGACAACCUGCUGGACGUCGAGCCACUCGAGGCGAUACAGCUCGAGCUGGAUGAGGAUGAAGAUGGAGCAGUCAUCGACUGGUUCUAUGAUCACAAGCCCCUGGUCGAAGAUCAGAAGCACGUCAAUGGACCAUCAUACAAGAGCUUUUCUCUGGACCUGCCGCAGAUGGCUGCGCUGCACCGUCUCGGAAAGACGUUGCUCAGCGACAUUUCGACCGGUGACAACAACAAUGCUUAUCUCUUCGACAAAAAGUCAUUCUUCACCGCUAAGGCGCUCAACACGGCCAUCCCUGGAGGUCCCAAGUUCGAGCCUUUGUUUAAAGACACCGAUGACUUUGAUGCUGAUUGGGACGAAUUUAACGACAUCAACAAGGUCAUCAUCCGCAACCAGAUUAGGACAGAGUACAAGGUUGCUUUCCCGCAUCUGUACAACUCGCGUCCUCGCUCCGUUCACAAUGCGGUCUAUCAUGAACCAAAAAACGUCUACAUCCACACAGACGACCCUGAUCUACCCACUUUCUACUACGACCCUGCCAUCAAUCCGAUUUCUGGCCGCACAAUCUCCACAAAGGACCAGUUUGACGGGUUCUACUCCAAUGGUGAACCAGUCUUGGACCACGAGGAGGAAGUCUUUGGCGGUGCUGAUGGAGACGACGACUUGGAGGACGUGGUCUCUGUCAAAUUACCCGAGGGUAUCGAGCCAUUCUUGGAAGAAGAGGAGUUGACGAACGACCUCACGGCCGACGCCAUCGCGCUGUGGUGGGCUCCGGCGCCUUACAAUCGCCGCAGCGGCAGGACGGUGCGCGCGAUUGAUGCGCCACUGAUCAAGACCUGGUACACCAAGGAGCAUUGUCCACCAGGCAUGCCGGUCAAGGUUCGAGUGUCGUACCAGAAGCUGCUUAAGAAACACGUCGCCAACCUGCUGCACGCGCGGAAUCCCAAGGCUGGCACGAAGAAGUACCUGCUUCGUCAGCUCAAGGAGACCAAGUUCUUUCAGACGACCACCAUCGACUGGGUCGAGGCGGGCUUGCAAGUGUGCAGACAGUCAUUCAACAUGCUCAACCUCUUGAUCCAUCGCAAGGGUUUGCACUACUUGCAUUUGGAUUACAAUUUCAACCUAAAGCCCAUCAAGACGCUCACAACCAAGGAGCGGAAGAAGAGUCGGUUCGGAAAUGCAUUUCAUCUUAUCAGGGAGAUCGCGAGACUUGUCAAGAUGGUCGUGGAUGCGCACGUUCAAUUCCGCCUGGGCAAUAUCGAUGCGUUCCAACUCGCCGAUGGCCUGCAGUACUUGCUCAACCAUGUUGGACAGCUGACUGGGAUGUACAGGUACAAGUACAAAGUCAUGCGGCAAAUCCGCGCAUGCAAAGACUUGAAGCAUGUCAUCUACUACCGUUUCAACAGUGGUCCAGUGGGCAAAGGCCCCGGUGUCGGUUUCUGGGCCCCCAGUUGGCGCGUUUGGAUGGCGCUGCUGCGAGGGCUCACGCCGCUGCUCGAACGCUGGCUUGGCAACCUGCUGGCGCGUCAAUUCGAGGGACGCUCGAAUAAGAACAAGUCCAUUCUUGUGACCAAGCAGCGCGUAGAGUCGCACUUCGACCUCGAGCUGAGGGCAGCCGUCUUGCACGAUAUUCUCGACAUGAUGCCGGAGAACAUUCGCCAGAGCAAGUCCAAGACGAUCAUGCAGCACAUGACUGAGGCCUUCCGAUGUUGGAAAGCCAACAUUCCGUGGAAGGUGCCAGGCAUGCCUGCGCCGAUCGAAAACCUUAUCCUGCGAUACGUCAAGUCGAAAGCGGAUUGGUGGACCUCAGUGGCGCAUUACAACCGUGAACGCAUUCGCCGCGGCGCUACCGUUGACAAGACGGUAGCCAGGAAGAAUCUCGGACGUUUGACACGUCUGUACCUCAAGGCUGAACAGGAAAGGCAAAAUUCAUACCUCAAGGAUGGGCCAUACAUCACAUCCGAGGGAGCUGUUGCAAUCUAUACCUCGACCGUGCACUGGCUCGAGUCUCGUCGGUUCCAGCCAAUUCCAUUUCCAUCGCUGAACUUCAAGCACGACUCGAAGAUUCUCGUGCUUGCACUUGAGCGCUUGAAAGAAGCUUACAGUGUCAAAGGGAGACUCAAUCAAAGCCAACGUGAAGAGCUAGCGCUCGUCGAGCAGGCAUUUGAUGAGCCAGCUAUGACGCUCUCUAGGAUCAAGCGUCUCAUGCUCACGCAGCGCGCAUUCAAGGAAGCUUCGAUGGAGUUCUUUGACACAUAUGAGAAGCUCAUUCCGUGCUAUGACAUCGAGCCGAUUGAGAAGAUCACCGACGCCUACCUGGAUCAAUACCUCUCCUACGAGGCGACCAGGCGCGAUCUCUUCCCAGCCUGGAUCAAGCCGAGCGACACGGAGCCUCCACCUUUGCUGGUCUACAAGUGGUGCAACGGGAUCAACAACCUGCAGGAUGUCUGGGAGACCAAAGAUGGAGAAUGCAACGUGCUGAUGGAAACGACGCUCAGCCGAGUCUACGAGAAGGUCGAUUUGACGCUGCUCAACCGCUUGCUGCGCCUGAUCAUGGAUCACAACCUGGCAGACUACAUCACAGCGAAGAACAACAUCAACAUUGUCUGGAAAGACAUGAGUCACACAAACACGUAUGGCUUGAUCCGUGGCUUACAAUUCUCCGCGUUCGUCUUUCAAUACUACGGAUUAGUGCUUGAUCUGCUCAUUCUCGGCUUGCAGCGUGCCUCGGAGAUGGCAGGACCGCCGCAGAUGCCCAACGGGUUUCUUCAAUUCCGCGACACUGCUACGGAGACACGCCACCCGAUCAGGCUUUACUCUCGAUACAUUGAUAGGAUCCACGUCAUGUUCCGCUUCACCGCCGAGGAGUCGCGAGAUCUAGUUCAGCGGUACCUCAGCGCCAACCCCGAUCCGAACAAUUCGGGUAUGAUCGGCUUCAACUCGAAGCGAUGUUGGCCGAGGGAUUGCCGCAUGAGGCUUAUCAAGCACGACGUCAAUCUCGCACGCGCAGUCUUCUGGGACAUCAAGAAUCGCAUUCCGAGAGCGCUCACCACAAUCGAGUGGGAGGACACGUUUGUCAGCGUCUACAGCAAGGACAACCCCAAUCUGCUGUUCAGCAUGCUCGGCUUCGAGGUCCGCAUUCUACCAAAGAUUCGCGCGGGCGAUACGCAGGAGCAACGAGACGGUGUUUGGUCCCUGGUGCAAGCGUCGACUGGCGAGCGCACGUCGCAAGCGCACAUCAGAGUCAGCGAUGCUGGCGUUCUGCACUUUAAUAACCGAAUUAGGCAGGUGCUUAUGUCCGCCGGUGCCACGACCUUUUCCAAGAUCAUCAACAAGUGGAACACGACAUUGAUUGGUUUGAUGACAUACUACCGCGAGGCCGUCGUGUACACAGAGACGCUGCUCGACUUGCUCGUCAAGGCAGAGAACAAGGUUCAAACCCGGGUCAAGAUUGGUCUCAACUCGAAGAUGCCGUCCAGAUUCCCGCCCUGCGUGUUUUAUGCGCCUAAGGAAAUCGGUGGUCUUGGGCAGCUGUCCAUGGGUCACGUGUUGAUCCCAGCCAGUGACCUGCGCUGGAGUAAGCAGACUAGUACUGGCAUCACGCACUUCCGGUCUGGUCUCUCAUCACAAGAGGACCAGCUCAUUCCGAAUCUCUACCGCUACAUUCAGCCGUGGGAGGCUGAAUUCAUCGACUCAGCCCGCGUCUGGCAGGAGUAUGCGCAGAAGAGGAAGGAGGCAAAUGCGCAGAACAGACGCCUCACGCUCGAAGACCUCGAGGAUAGCUGGAGCAGAGGCAUACCCCGCAUUAACACGCUCUUCCAGAAGGACCGAACCAUCCUGUCCUAUGACAAGCUCUGGCGUGUCCGUAGCGAGUUCAAGCAAUACCAGGUGCUCAAGUACAACCCCUUUUGGUGGACCGACCAGCGGCACGACGGCAAGCUCUGGCAGCUCAACAACUACCGUGUCGACGUCAUUGCAGCCCUCGGCGGUAUCGAGACGAUCCUCGAGCACACCUUGUUCCCCGGCACAGGUUUCCCUUCGUGGGAAGGGCUGUUCUGGGAAAAGGCCUCUGGGUUCGAAGAGUCGAUGAAGUACAAGAAACUCACCAAUGCGCAGCGCUCCGGUCUCUCGCAAAUCCCCAACCGCCGCUUCACGCUCUGGUGGUCUCCCACGAUCAACCGUGCCAAUGUCUAUGUCGGCUUCCAAGUCCAGCUCGAUCUGACCGGGAUAUUUAUGCACGGUAAACUGCCAACACUUAAGAUCAGUUACAUCUCCAUUUUCCGCGCGCACUUGUGGCAAAAGAUCCACGAGUCGGUCACGAUGGACCUGGCGCAAGUUUUCGAUCAAGAGAUGGAGGCGCUGCAGAUUGAGACGGUACAAAAGGAAACGAUUCACCCGAGGAAGUCGUACAGGAUGAACGCUUCCUGCGCCGAUUUGCUUCUCUUUGCUUCUUACAAGUGGCCGAUGAGUCGACCUUCGCUACUCACUGAGUCGAAAGACGUGCUCGAUGGCUCAAGUGCCAACAAGUGGUGGCUGGACGUGCAGCUCAGAUGGGGCGACUUUGAUUCCCACGACAUUGAGAGGUAUGCUCGAGCUAAGUUCCUUGACUACACAAGUGAUUCGACCACGUCUAUCUACCCUUCAGCCACGGGCGCACUCAUCGCGAUCGAUCUUGCCUACAAUCAACACUCGGCGUACGGCAACUGGUUCCCAGGCAGCAAGCCUUUGGUUGCGCAGGCGAUGGCGAAAAUCAUGAAGGCCAAUCCAGCGCUCUACGUCCUGAGGGAGCGUCUCCGUAAGAGUUUGCAAUUGUACAGUUCAGAGCCCACCGAGCCGUACCUUAACUCGGGCAAUUACGCGGAGCUGUUCAGCAACCAGGUUAUUUGGAUGGUUGACGACACGAACGUCUAUCGUGUCACCAUCCACAGGACGUUCGAAGGGAACCUGGUGACAAAGCCUAUCAACGGUGCAAUCUUCAUCCUCAAUCCGCGCACGGGUCAACUCUUCCUGAAGAUCAUUCAUACCUCAGUUUGGGCUGGUCAGAAGCGUCUCGGACAGUUGGCGAAGUGGAAGACAGCGGAAGAGGUAGCAGCAUUGGUACGCUCGUUGCCAGUCGAGGAGCAGCCCAAACAAAUCAUUGUCACGAGAAAAGGAAUGCUUGACCCGCUUGAAGUGCAUUUACUCGACUUCCCGAACAUCGUCAUCAAAGGAAGUGAGCUGCAGCUCCCCUUCCAGGCGUGCAUGAAGCUUGAAAAGUUCGGCGAUCUCAUCCUGCGUGCAACGCAGCCGCAGAUGGUGCUGUUCAACAUUUACGACAACUGGUUGUCGGAGAUUUCGUCGUACACAGCAUUCUCGCGGUGCAUCCUGCUUUUGCGCGCUUUGCACGUGAACCAAGAGAAGGCAAAGAUCGUCUUGCGUCCAAAUGUGCAGACCGUCACCGAGCCACAUCAUAUCUGGCCGACUCUCACUAACGAGGAGUGGAUCAAGGUUGAGGUGGCUCUUCGCGACCUGAUCCUUCAAGAUUAUGGGAAGCGCAAUUCCGUCAACGUUGCUAGUUUAACGUCGAGCGAGAUCAGAGACAUCAUUCUCGGGAUGGAGAUCGCGGCACCCUCUGUGCAACGCCAACAAAUGGCGGAGAUUGAGAAGAGCGCCGAGGCUGCUCAACAGGUUACCGCCACACAGACAAAAACGACCAAUGUGCACGGCGAUGAGAUUCAAGUCAUCACCACGACCCAGUACGAGAAUCAGGUCUUCUCGUCGAAGAGUGACUGGCGGGUGCGUGCACUCAGCUCGACCAACCUGUCGUUGCGCUGCCAGCAUAUCUACGUCUCUAACGACGAUGUCAAGGAGGAUGCUGGUAGCCUCACGUAUAUCCUACCGAAGAACAUCCUCAAGACGUUUAUCGUCACGUCUGACCUGCGCACGCAGGUGGCCGGGUAUCUCUAUGGUAUUUCCCCGCCCGAUGCACCAGCCGUUAAGGAGAUCAAGGCGAUUGUUUGGGUCCCGCAACGCGGCACACAGAGCAGCGUCGAGCUGCCAAGCGACUUGCCUCAGCACGAUUUUAUGCUCAAAGGUCUUGAACCGCUGGGUUGGAUCCAUACUCAAGCUCAAGACCUUCCGCACAUGGCACCCACGGAUGUCGUAGCGCACUCCAAGGUGAUGGCGGCGCAUUCGGAAUGGGGCGCAAGCACGAUUUGCAUCACAGCUGCUUUCACGCCCGGCUCUGUCUCGCUCACCGCAUACCAGCUCGCCGUUUCUGGCUUCGAAUGGGGACGCAAGGCGACCACCGCCGAGGUCGCCUCAGGCAAUUUGCAAGGCUUCAAUGCGGGCAUGGCCGACAAAGUCCAAUUGCUCUUAUCCGAUCGCAUUCUCGGCUCGACCUUGACACCAGCCGACGGACCGUGGAAUUAUGGUCUGUCGCUCUCCGCGCAGUGGGCGCCGAGCAUCAAGUACAACUUGACCCUGGAUCGACCGCCCGCAUUCUGGGACGAGCUGCAUCGUCCACAAAACUUCCUCACUUUUACUGCAGGCGAGGACGAAGGAGAAGGCGCAGAUGUGGAGAAUUCAUUCGCUUGAAUAGCAUGCAGUCAGCAUGAUUGUGGACACAUACUGUAUAGUCGUCUUGAAAACUAUCAGAACAUGAGUCU